AUGACGGACGCUGAAGUGUCGCUACCAGGCAUGUCGCUGAUCCGGAACGACAGGCUCACAAAAAGAGGAGGGGUACUCCUGUAUUAUCGAAACGACUUACAGUGCGAAGCCGUAGAGGAUUCGGAAUCGCAGUUCCCCGACUCACUUUGGUGCCGGUUGCAGUUAAAAGGCAAGGACGCUUGCCUUAUUGUCCUGGUGUACCGCGCCCCUAACUCAACACACGAAACCGACUACUACCUAGCGGCUGCUUUAAGAUGCAGUUUACAACAAAAGUACACUCACCUUCUUGUCAUGGGUGAUUUCAACGUACAUUGUUUAGAAACUCCCGCCACGAUCGGAGAGCAAUUCAAAGCCGAUCUACAAGAUCUAGUAACUACUGUGCCGCUUUACAAUCACAUCACUUUACCCACUCGGUUCAGAACAGGUAACAGGCCAUCUGUGCUGGAUCUUGUGCUUACCAACGAGGAGCAUAUGACUGAUGUGUUGCUUUUAGACUGCCCGUUGGGUCGCAGUGAUCACGCAGCCAUCAGUUUCAACUUCGUCUGA